AUGCGACCUGCCCCCGCUCAGGCGCCCCAUCCAGGACAAGGAUUCAGACCCCAGCAACAACACCCAGGCCAGCAGCAGCAGCAGUACCCUUCAAGGCCAGGAACCCCAGGACAGCAGGGCGGACCCCCAGGAGGUGUCCCACCCAUGGGCUACAGACCCCCGGCCAAUGGAGGCCAUCCCGGACAGAACUUUGUUCCCAGACCCGGCAUGAAUGGACCUGGACCUCGUCCUCCUCAUCCUCAGGAUCCCAACCACCCUAUGAACCAGCAACAAAUCAGAAGACCUUCUGCUGGCGGCGCGUCCUUACCACCAUCACCCUCGAUCCAGCGUCCACCCAUGCCCAUGGGAGGCCAGAUGCAGAACGGUUCGCCACUUCAGAGACCUCCUCCUCUUGGAGGCGUUCAACGCGCUCCUUCACCCAUGAUGCGUCCUGCCAUGGUCCAGCCCGGAUCGCCUGGUAUGCCUAGGCCUUUCCAGUCGCCCCAGAUCCAGGCAAGACCUCCUCCACAGCAGUUCAUGGGUCAGGGACAGAACACUGCUCCAGGCUCUCCUGCCAUGAACCCAAUGGGAUACAACGCCGGUGGACCACCACCCAUCGGAUCAAUGGGCCAUCCUGGACAGAACCAGAGCCAGCCUCCUACACCAAAGAUGCCAUUCCAGCAACAGCAACAGCACCCAUCUCAACCACCACUUCAGCAUCAGCAACAGCAACAGCAGCAGCAGCCUCUUCAGUCCCAGGAUCCCGGAGUUCCAGCACUUGGCCAACCUACACCUGUUGGCGGAGGAUCUCACAAGCCAAAGCGCAUGUACCCAACAGCCCAGUCUGACUCUUUCCAGGAAGCCGCAGCCCCAGCAUACGACAACGGACUCAAUGGAGGAUUUCAGCCUGCUCCUGUUUCUGGAGUUCCUGCUGCUCAAGGUUUUGGCGGAAACCAGAUGCCACCAGGCGGUCAGCAAGGAUCUCAGUUCUUUGUGCCUGGAGAGAAGCCAGGUCCCACCUUUGGCCAGUCCGUGCCAGCCUACCAGCAAGGACUCCAGCCUCUUGCAGGACAGCCUCUCCAGCCCAACGUGAACCAGCUCACCAACCAGAUGGGAGGCAUGAAUGUCGGAUCUGGCUAUGGAUUUAACAACGCUCAGGGUGGCGCCUCGCUUUCGACUGUUGCCUUGAUGGGUGUCGCUCCCAAGAUUCUCGACCUUGAAGCCCCUCCUCCCACUAUCAACCUCCCCGCCAACUCGUCGAUCACUCAGUCUCCUCACGCCAACUGUGAUCCAUCGUACAAGCGAUCAACAUUGAACGCCAUUCCCAACGACUCCAACCUUUUGAAGAAGUCGCGUCUUCCAUUCGGUCUUGUCAUCACUCCCUACCGCAGUGUCAAGGAAGGCGAUGAACCUGUGCCUGUUGUGACCGACGCCAUCAUUGCGCGCUGCCGUCGUUGCAGAACCUACAUCAACCCUUUUGUCAAGUUUGUUGAGGGCGGACAGCGCUGGAAGUUUCCCUCAUCAUUCGAUUACGACUCUCAGACUCAGCAACCUGUUGACAGAUGGCAGCGCAAGGAAUUGAACCAUGCAGUCGUGGAGUACAUAGCGCCUACAGAGUACAUGGUCCGACCCCCUCAACCCCUCGUCUACUUGUUCGUCAUUGACGUCUCGUACCCUGCUAUUCAGUGCGGUAUGGUUGCAACAGCUGCCACCACUAUACUGGAAUCGUUGGACCGCAUCCCCAACGAUGAGGGCCGUACUAAGAUUGGUAUCAUUACUGUCGACAGCUCCAUCCACUUUUACAACCUCAACAACGAGUCGGGCGAGCCCAAGAUGUUGGUAGUUUCGGAUCUGGAGGACCCCUUCUUGCCCCAGCCCGAGGAUUUGUUGUGCAACUUGAGCGAGUGCCGCCCUACUCUGGAGGCACUUUUGAACAGAAUGAACGAGAUGUUCAAGGACACCCAGAACGUCGGCAAUGCAUUGGGGCCAGCUCUGCAGUCGGCCUACAAGCUUGUUUCGCCCAUUGGAGGCAAGAUCUUGUGCUUGCAGGCCAGCUUACCCAACCUUGAGGCUGGAGCUCUCAAGAUGAGAGAGGACCCCAAGUUGCUUGGUACAUCCAAGGAGUCGACGUUGUUACAGUCUUCAAACUCUUUCUACAAAACUCUGGCCAUCGACUGUUCAAAGUCCCAAGUCUGUGUGGAUAUGUUCCUCUUUGGAUCCCAGUACUCGGACGUUGCCACCCUCAGCUGUCUUCCUCGUUUCACCGGAGGAAAUACAUUUUUCUACCCAGCAUUCACAGCAGCAAAGUCGGAGGAUGCACUCAAGUUUGCUCACGAACUGGCAGAGUUUGUUUCGCAGAGGAUUGCGUUGGAGGCUGUAAUGAGAGUUCGUGCAUCAAAGGGACUCAGGAUGUCGGCCUUUUACGGAAACUUUUUCGUUCGCUCGACCGAUUUACUGUCGUUGCCCAACGUCCCUCGCGACCAAUCCUACUCCAUUGAGGUCAGCUACGAGGACAACAUUCACAUCCCCAUCGUCUGCUUUCAGACCGCUCUUUUGCACACUUCGUCUUCUGGCGAGCGCCGUAUUCGUGUGUUGACGUUGGCUAUCCCUGUUACCACCAGCUUGUCGGAUGUGUAUUUGUCGGCAGAUCAGGUUGCUAUUGCGACAUUGUUGGCGAACAAGGCUGUCGAGCGCGGUAUGAAUUCCAAGCUGGACGAUGCCCGCGACGCAUUGACCAACAAGUGCGUGGAUAUCUUGGGCGUGUACAAGACCCAUAUGACUGCCUCGUCUUCUGGAGCCACGCCCAACCUUCAGAUCUGCGACAACCUCAAGCUCUUGCCCCUCUUGACCUUGGGAAUGCUGAAGCAUGUCGCUCUUCGUGGAGGCUCUCAGAUUCCUUCAGAUCUUCGGUCGUACGCUAUGCAUCUGUUCUCAACUUUGCCCUCGCAAUGCUUGAUCCCCUAUAUCCAUCCCAAGUUCUACUCACUUCAUAACAUGCCUGAAAACUGCGGCACGAUUGGCCAGAACGGCAUUGAGAUGCCCAUGGCAAUGAACUUGAGCAGCGAACGUCUCGAGCGCGGAGGACUGUUCCUGCUGGAAGACUCGCAGAACAUUUUCUUGUGGAUCGGUCGUGAUGCCGUUCCUCAGUUGUGCCUCGAUCUCUUUGGUGUCCCCAAUUACGAGAGCAUUCGCGGCGGCAAGACGACGCUGCCUUCACUGGAGACGGAUUUCAACCAGCGUGUGAACUUGAUUGUGGCAAAGACCCGGGAGAUGCGUAGAUCGUCGUAUUACCCACAGUUGUAUGUGAUCAAGGAGGAUGGCGACCCAGCGCUCCGUCUCUGGUUCCUGAGCCACUUGAUUGAGGACCGUGCCGAGCCUGUCAUGAGCUACCACCAAUACCUUGGCCACCUCAAGGACAAGGUCAACAGCGGAUCGUUUUAA